CUAUAAGCCGGACCAACAAACCCAACACUGGUGUUGCAGAUACAUUCAUCGAUCGGUCAAUCCAUGGCGGAGAAGCAUUUUAAAUACGUGAUCCUCGGCGGUGGCGUUUCUGCUGGAUAUGCAGCUAGGGAGUUUGCCAAGCAAGGGGUUAAGCCAGGGGAACUGGCAAUUAUUUCCAAAGAGGCGGUUGCUCCUUAUGAACGUCCUGCGCUUAGCAAAGCCUACCUAUUUCCUGAGGGAGCUGCAAGACUUCCUGGAUUUCAUGUUUGUGUUGGAAGCGGAGGAGAGAGACUUCUUCCUGAGUGGUAUAAAGAGAAAGGUAUAGAAUUGAUCCUUAGUACAGAAAUAGUGAAAGCAGAUCUUGCAUCCAAAACUCUGAUAAGUGCAGCUGGAGAAACCUUUAAGUAUCACAUCUUGAUUAUUGCAACUGGUUCAACGGUCAUAAGGUUAACUGACUUUCGUGUAGAAGGAGCUGAUGCAAAAAAUAUCUUAUACUUGAGAGAAAUCGAUGAUGCUGACAAGCUUAUAGAUGUAAUAAAGGCCAAAAAGAAUGGAAAGGCUGUGAUUGUUGGAGGGGGGUACAUUGGUCUCGAGCUUAGUGCAGUGAUGAAAAUCAACAACUUAGAUGUUUGCAUGGUUUAUCCAGAACCAUGGUGCAUGCCUCGGCUUUUCACUGCUGGUAUAGCUGCUUUUUAUGAGGGUUAUUAUGCUAAUAAAGGAAUCAAAAUUAUCAAGGGAACAGUAGCAGUUGGGUUUACCUCUGAUGCAAAUGGAGAGGUAAAGGAAGUGAAACUUAAGGAUGGUAGGGUGCUGGAAGCUGACAUUGUUGUUGUUGGUGUUGGUGGAAGACCCCUUACAACAUUAUUCAAAGGACAGGUGGAAGAGGAGAAAGGUGGAAUUAAGACUGAUGAAUUCUUCAAAACAAGUGUUCCUGAUGUAUAUGCUGUGGGAGAUGUUGCUACUUUCCCACUGAAAUUGUACAAUGAAAUUAGAAGAGUUGAACAUGUCGACCAUGCCCGGAAAUCAGCUGAGCAAGCUGUCAAGGCAAUCAAGGCAAGUGAGGAAGGGAAAUCAGUUGAGGAGUAUGACUACCUUCCAUACUUCUACUCUCGUGCCUUUGAUCUGUCCUGGCAGUUCUAUGGUGACAAUGUGGGUGAAACAGUGCUAUUUGGAGACAAUAAUCCAGCAUCACCAAAGGCCAAGUUUGGAACCUAUUGGAUCAAAGAUGGGAAAGUGGUGGGAGCAUUUCUGGAGGGUGGGACUCCUGAAGAGAACACGGCCAUUGCCAAAGUUGCAAGGCUCCAACCUGCAGUUGAGAAUCUGGAUCAACUGACUAAUGAAGGUCUCACCUUUGCCUGUAAGAUUUGAGAUCCUCCAGAAUAUGGGGGACAAAAUGAAUGAAUCUGGAUGGUUUUUUUUUUUCGCUGGCUUGUUCUGUUGGUCUGCUUGGGGUUGUUUAGAACGAGGAUUGUUGAUAGCAAUUCCCUUCAGGGCUGUUAUGUGAUCUAAAUUCUAAUUGGUGGUAUGAUAUAAGAUUCACCUUGUCAUAAGUUUGUAACUGAGUUAGCUAUCUCUAAUCUAGAUUAAUUUGCAGGUCUGUGCUGGAAUAAAUACAUUCGCCGUACUGUUUUAUUUUCUUGAGAAUAAUGUUAUUGGGUACCCUGG